AUGGAGAAUAUGGAACUGAUGAAGCUAACCCCUCAAAGUAAAGUUAGCAUUAAGACUUCACCAGUGGAAAAUAAUGACGGUGACCACCCACCACCUCCUACUGGUGCCAAACCAAAAACUGCCAAAUUUCAAAGGGCAGCAACAGUUGCCACAGAAUCACUCCAUGAUGGAAAUCACCUCUUGGAACCCAGACCUGUUGCACGGCCCAAAUCAGCAGAACUGAUUAAUGCAAUGACACAAGAAAAGGUCUCUGAAGGCGGGCCAGAUGAUGAUGGAUUUUUUGACUUGCUAUCACGGACUCAAGGGCGACGAAUCGAUGACCAACGCUGCUCGUUCCGAAUCACCAAGAGCAAAAGUGCUUCGACCGAGUCGGACACUCCUUGUCGUGUACCUACGAUGCCAGAGGUGUCUGUCCGCAAGGGUUCUACUUCUCCGGGUGAUGAAUUCCUUGAUAUGAUUGCUGGCUUGCAAAGCUCACGUAUGAAUGACCAACGCGCAAGCCUGCCACAAUUUCCCGGACUCAAUUCUCGGGCUGGAAUAAGACCAUAUCUGGAGAAGAAGAAAGACGAAGAAGUUCCUGAUGAUAAAUUCUUUGACAUGCUAAUGAGAUGUCAGGGCAGCAGGUUAGAAGAUCAACGUAGCUCUUUACCAACAGACAUUGGUCGCUCGGCACCAACCGUGCCUGAUGAAGAUUUUUUUAGCCUCAUCCAGAAAGUUCAGUCAAGUCGGGAGAUAAAUCUUUGUUGUAAUUGUACUCUUGUCUAUUACUCAAUUCACCAUCAUCAUUUUAUUCUUUUCCUUUUUUUCUUUCUGUCUUUGUUUCUUCAUUUCUUUUCCUUUUUAUCUUUUCUUUCCUCUUUCCUUUUUCCUUCUAUCUCUUUUCCUUUUUCUUUUCUUUUCAAUUCUUUCUUUUUAUUUAUUUCUUUCUCCCAUUUUUUUCUUUUUCAUUUUCUUCCAUUUAUGAUUAAUAUUUUUGACUAG